GUAUAGAUGGCGGUGUAUGUAUUGGUAUAUGUCACAUAGGCUACUUUCUAUCCUUUUGAGACGCGAGCGAAGUAAAAGCUAGUAUUAUAUAUGCGGUAAUAAAUCGGCGUAGUAGGUAAGGUACCUACAUAUUUAGGUACUUAUAUUAAUUUACUGAUACAAAUCAAGUAACUUCAUUCCAAACAGCUCGUGCAAAACCGCAUUUUAAUAGAUAACCGAUAGAUAGAUAUACAUUAAUGAACUUACGCAGUUUCAUAUUCAGGUAUAAAUAUACAGGUCGCUAGUGCCAUGGAAAACGUUUUGGACAGUUUUAUAUUUGUCUUACAAAAUUAAAAAUGUUGCCACGAUAUUUUUAUCAUAAGUAGGUAUACGUAGAAGCAAAAUAUCGUUAGCCAAAAAUAAACAAUGUAAUGAUCCUCGGCCUCAGCAAACUGUGUUAUGAAUGUAGUAGUGUUGAAGAGAAGCGAUAGUGUAGUUCUAAAUAAGAAAUAAAAUAACUGCGAGAAAAUAAAUAUCAACUAAGGAAUUUAAUAAAUUCAUUCUAGAUUUUGUGUUUUUACUAAGAGUUUUUAAGAUACAAAUAAUAUUUUGUCCGACCUGGCAAUCUAAUCCAGUCAAAAUUCAAUUAAAUAUAAAAAUUGUGAACUUGUUAUUCGUUAAUUUGUUAAGUAUUGAAUCUGUGAAUGUGUGAAUUUGUCAAGUCACUUAAGGUUAGCCAGGUGAAGGAUGCAGGUGCGGUGGGCGGCGUGGGCGCUGGCGUGGUGCGCGUGCGCAGUGGCCGCGCCGGCCGAGCAGCGCACACCGCUCCCCACCGCCAGCGCCGCCGCCGCCACCCCCCUGUCGCCAGCCUCGGGACCUGCCGCGUCCGUCUGCGAACCCCUCGUCUUAAAGAACACGCCGCCUAUGCCAUCAAAUGCUCGUGAGCACGAGGCGGCUGCAAUGCAUACGGCGCGUGCGCUGGUGGAAUUAGUGCAACAAGGCGUGGCGGACGAAGAACGCGCUGCAGCACUGGCCCGCGCAGCCACCCGCGCGCCCCUCUCCCCUCCACCCGCGGCCGUCGCGCUUGGAGCUCCACAGUUACAUCUCGGCGUCCUCUACAUAGCCGAACCACCUAAGCUCGUUGUCUUCCAACAAAACAACUCAAUAACUUUACGUCAGUUUUGGAGAACAUUGGCAUCAGCAUGGAAUGCCACUACAGCAGUGUGGUCGAAUGCGUGGUUCUCUUGUGAUAAGAAUGGUGAGGGCUGGUGGGGAGGUGUAGCAGCAGCUCGUGGCUCAGGACCUGCGAGAUCUGCUGCUGCUCUCUUCCGACGUUGGCCUGCUCUACCUUGUGAAGAAGCUAUGAACGACUGGCUAGGCGGAGCUCCUUUAUGCGAUCUUGCUACGACAGAUUGUGAAGCUACUCCAUCAUUUGGAUCUGGAGACCGCAAAAUAGAGUAUCGAUGCAAGUGUCAGGCAGAGCAUUGGAACUCAGGCGGUAGCGGAUGGCUGACUGGCGCUACAUUAAUAGCAGACGACUCUGGUCCUUUGACUUGCACACCUUGUGGCAUGGGCAGUGACUCCACUGCCUGCUUGACUGAUGCCCAUCGCGUUGCUGUGCUGGCUGGCAACGUGGGUGGCAUGCUACUCUGUCUUGUGACAGGAGUAAUUAUAUUCCACAAGAGAAAAUGUAAAGCGGUGGCAGUGGGAAUGUGGACAGUGUUAGAAGUUGUUCUUCUUGGUGCGUUUCUAAUGUAUGCUUCCGCGGCAUCCCAGUUCAUAUCGGUCGCAAAGUGGCGAUGCAUAGCAGGCGCGUGGUUGCGGGAACUUGGCUUUGUCGCGUGCUAUGGCUCCGUGGUGCUGCGACUCUGGGUGUUGCUCGCUGAGUUCCGCACUAGGAAAGCCCAUCGGUGGACGCCGCGGGAUUCAGAAGUUUUGCGAGUAGUUGGAGCGAUGGUGCUGGGCGCAGCGUGCUACUUGGCAGCGUUCACCGCCACAGCAGCCUGUGAGGAGGACGCCAGUGCGGGCUGCGCACGCGCUGCUUGGCAUCAUGUCACUGCUGGAGCAGAGUUGCUGCUACUAGCUGCGGGAUUACGCAUAGCGUAUGCGGCUAGGAAUGCAAAUGUGCCAUUCCAGGAGCGAGGCUGGCUGGCAGCCGCGCUGUGCUGCGAGGGUCUGUGCGGGGUGUGGUGGCGCGGCGUGGCGUGGGGCGAGCCGGGCGCGGCGCCGGAGCGCUGGCCGCUGUCGGCGGCGGCGCGCGCGCAGCUGUCGGCGGGCGCGGCGCUGGCCUGCGUGCUGGCGCCUCGCCUGUGGCACGGCUACCGCGCGCGCUCGCUUGCUCAAGAGGUAUCGCGUCGAGGUCCUGCGGAGGGUUUCGGCGCGGAAGGCGAGGAGGAACCCACCUCCGAGGAAGUUCGCGCCGAACUGAAGAGGUUGUACGUGCAGCUGGAGAUCUUACGGAACAAAACACUGCGCAGGGACAACCCACACAUCAGUAAGCGACGCGGCGGCAGGAAACCGCCGCAUCGACGAUUCUCCUUACAGAAAAAGGGCAGUCGUGAAAAGGCUCUACAGGCGCGGCGCGGAUGUAAGGGCAAGGCGGGCGGCAGCGCCAGCGUGGUGGAGGCCAGCGAGGCGGGGGACGCGUCGCGCACGCCCGAGGACUCGGUGUGCUCCGCCGAGGGCCCCAGCCACUACACGGACGCGGACACCCAGGCGUGAUCCCACCUCCACCCCACACUAGCCACGAGCCCCAUUCCUAUGUAUCACUCUCUGCUUUACCUCCGUGAUGUAGGACAGAAACCAUAUCUUACUAAUUGCUAUUGGUAUCUGCCAAGCAGAUUCAUGCUGACUAUUAAACGUCUUGUAAGAAUGGAUUGAAUUUUCGUAGAUUAUAAUAUUAUUAGAGCGAUUGUUACAAAUGUAAAUUAUAUUAUUAAUGCAAGCGUGUGUCAUUUCGUACAAAAAUAUGCCUCCAAUGUCUGCCCCAUUGUGAAUGUUAAGCAAACUCGUACCUCAUUAUUAAGAUACCUAUUUACAUAUAGAAAAUAUAUUUACCUAAUAACAACAAGCAAUACAAAACUUGACAAAUGUGAUGAGUGGUUAGAAUCAUAACGGUCCAUUAAACAAUAGUAAUAGAAGAGAUAUUUCUGGAAUUGUUAUUUGUAAGGUAAGGCAACAUUGUCGUUGUGAAAAUUUAUAUUUUUUAUGGGAAAUUAUUUAAAACCUUUAACAUUUUUAUAGGAUUGAUUCAUAUUCACGAUGUUAAGAAACAGAGUAGAUCACAUAAUAUAUUUAAAGUAAAACUAUUGAUAUUGAAAAGCAAUUACAUAUGUACCUUUCUGAACCUGACCGACCUGUAUUGUACAAUAUAUACCUAUCUGAAUACUAGUCAAGGAACUGCUGAAGAUUUGUAUAGAGUUAACAUAGUUUUACAAUAAUUUUAUUAUUAUAUAAACUUUAAUGCACGUGGCACUGGCAUAUUGUUUGUUUAAUGCAAUCACGGAUCCAAAUAACUUUAUUUUUAAACGAAUAAUAUGUCAAUAUCAGCGUACGUAUAGCAUUUACGAGUAACGUAAGUAGGAAGUGUAAACCUACGUUUACUAAAUGUUUGUUUUUACUGUAGGCAUUGAUAUUAGUUUUACAUAAUUGCUUCCGACUUUUUUUUAGUUACGGAACAUGAUUUCAUUUCUUGUUACAAUAAUUUUCUUAUUAAAGGAAUCACAACAACUUUCUAAUGGUAUACAUACAGAUAGGACCGAGACUUACUCGUAACAAACAGAUGCAAUCAAUUCAAACUCUAGUUAGAUCCUUUCUACUUAAGUAACUCGUAAAAUGUUCAUAGUAAGUAUAUACUUAGGAGUGAUUUAAGUGAUUUUAUAUCUUUACUUAUCUAGGAUUUGUGUACUGUGUAUAACUGUGAAUGUACCAGGAUUCAUGUGUCGCUGUCCUAUAGCUUCAUGUACCUAGUGUGAAGUCCUUCGUCCCUACGUUUCAUCUGAUCUCCUUUGUAAAUGUUCUUUAUUAUAACGAAUACAAUAUAUUCAAAAAAUCUUCUGUAUCUCAGUGUUCUUUAUCUUUACUCUUAAAAAAACUAAAACAUUGUUAGUUGAACUGCUUAAUUCUGCCUAAACGUUUAGCAAUACGACUAAAAUAACAAUUGAUUUGCAUUCUUUAAUUUUGGUCGAUUGUUUAUUUUGCGACUCAAACAUUCCAUGGUUUAUUUUGUCACUUUAUGAAAUUAAUAAGAUAUUUCGAGGGUUACAUUUUUACUAAUAUUAAAUUAAUAAAAGUACCUAAAUGAGAAGAAUGAUGAGAGACUAUAUUAAAAAGAAGGAAUUGUUAAUACUUGUGAAUUUUAUUAAAUAAUGAAUAGAUUUUACCGUUUGACAUGUUUUAAAAACUAUUAACUGAGUAUUGUUAGUGCUCUCUAAAAAUGCUUUACCCAUAGUUAAGAAACUUUUCUUUCUCAUUUAAAUAACUAUGAUAUUUAAAACGUGCACAAAGAACCUUCUGUUUUCAAUCUUGUUUCUUUAUUCAAGAUAAGUCUACUGUAUCGUUUAACUUGAAAUGGUUUAUUUAUGUUUAUACUCUACUUGAUCUUACAAAUUGUUACCGGUUUUAGGGAUCAAUAUUUUAGUGAAUACAUAAAUGUAUGUUUAGUUUUGAAUUAGCACGGGUACUAGUUGAUAUGAAUAUAAUAUGAUCGCGAAAUAUAUUUUAGAUCAUUUUACGCGCAGAUGUUUUUGGUUAUUUACAUUUUAUGUGACUGUUAUUUAUGUAUGUGUAUAUUUAUAGCUAAAGUAAUAGAAUGAAUUUGUAAAUAUUACUGCUAACAAUUUUAUAAUAUCAUGCGCAUAAUUUGUUUCAGUAUUUAUUAAACGUUGAGCUUUGUUCAAUGUUUGUGGUGCGUGAGGCGUUUUGAUGCCAAAAAUAAUAUUAUUAAU